GCGGCGGCCGCCCGGGCCCGGCUCUCGGUUAUAAGAUGGCGGCGCUGAGCGGCGGCGGCGGCGCCGGCGCGGAGCAGGGCCAGGCUCUGUUCAACGGGGACAUGGAGCCGGAGGCCGGCGCUGCGGCCUCUUCGGCGGCGGAUCCUGCCAUUCCCGAGGAGGUGUGGAAUAUCAAACAAAUGAUUAAGUUGACACAGGAACAUAUAGAGGCCCUACUGGACAAAUUCGGUGGGGAGCAUAAUCCACCAUCAAUAUACCUGGAGGCCUAUGAAGAAUACAUCAGCAAGCUAGCUGCCCUCCAACAAAGAGAACAACAGUUAUUGGAAUCCCUGGGGAAUGGAACUGAUUUUUCUGUUUCUAGCUCUGCAUCAAUGGACACCGUUACAUCUUCUUCCUCUUCUAGCCUUUCAGUGCUACCUUCAUCUCUUUCAGUUUUUCAAAACCCCACAGAUGUGUCACGGAGCAACCCCAAGUCACCACAAAAACCUAUCGUUAGAGUCUUCCUGCCCAAUAAACAGAGGACAGUGGUACCUGCAAGGUGUGGAGUUACAGUACGAGACAGUCUAAAGAAAGCACUGAUGAUGCGAGGUCUUAUCCCAGAGUGCUGUGCUGUUUACAGAAUUCAGGAUGGAGAGAAGAAACCAAUUGGCUGGGACACUGAUAUUUCCUGGCUUACAGGGGAAGAAUUGCAUGUAGAAGUGUUGGAAAAUGUUCCACUUACAACACACAACUUUGUACGAAAAACUUUUUUCACCUUAGCAUUUUGUGACUUUUGUCGAAAGCUGCUUUUCCAAGGUUUCCGCUGUCAAACAUGUGGUUAUAAAUUUCACCAGCGUUGUAGUACAGAGGUUCCACUGAUGUGUGUUAAUUAUGACCAACUUGAUUUGCUGUUUGUCUCCAAGUUCUUUGAGCACCACCCAAUACCACAGGAGGAGGCCUCCUUAGCAGAGACUGCCCUUACAUCUGGAUCAUCCCCUUCUGCACCCCCCUCAGACUCUAUUGGGCCCCAAAUUCUCACCAGUCCGUCUCCUUCAAAAUCCAUUCCAAUUCCACAGCCCUUCCGACCAGCAGAUGAAGAUCAUCGAAAUCAAUUUGGGCAACGAGACCGAUCCUCAUCUGCUCCCAAUGUGCAUAUAAACACAAUAGAACCUGUCAAUAUUGAUGAAAAAUUCCCAGAAGUGGAAUUACAGGAUCAAAGGGACUUGAUUAGAGACCAAGGGUUUCGUGGUGAUGGAGCCCCCUUGAACCAGCUGAUGCGCUGUCUUCGGAAAUACCAAUCCCGGACUCCCAGUCCCCUCCUACAUUCUGUCCCCAGUGAAAUAGUGUUUGAUUUUGAGCCUGGCCCAGUGUUCAGAGGAUCAACCACAGGUUUGUCUGCAACCCCACCUGCCUCAUUACCAGGCUCACUCACUAAUGUGAAAGCCUUACAGAAAUCUCCAGGACCUCAGCGGGAAAGGAAGUCAUCUUCCUCCUCAGAAGACAGGAAUAGGAUGAAAACACUUGGUAGACGGGAUUCAAGUGAUGAUUGGGAGAUUCCUGAUGGACAGAUCACAGUGGGACAAAGAAUUGGAUCUGGAUCAUUUGGAACAGUCUACAAGGGAAAGUGGCAUGGUGAUGUGGCAGUGAAAAUGUUGAAUGUGACAGCACCCACACCUCAACAGUUACAGGCCUUCAAAAAUGAAGUAGGAGUACUCAGGAAAACACGACAUGUGAAUAUCCUACUCUUCAUGGGCUAUUCCACAAAGCCACAACUAGCUAUUGUUACCCAGUGGUGUGAGGGCUCCAGCUUAUAUCACCAUCUCCACAUCAUUGAGACCAAAUUUGAAAUGAUCAAACUUAUAGAUAUUGCACGGCAAACUGCACAGGGCAUGGAUUACUUACACGCCAAGUCAAUCAUCCACAGAGACCUCAAGAGUAAUAAUAUAUUUCUUCAUGAAGACCUCACGGUAAAAAUAGGUGAUUUUGGUCUAGCCACAGUGAAAUCUCGAUGGAGUGGGUCCCAUCAGUUUGAACAGUUGUCUGGAUCCAUUUUGUGGAUGGCACCAGAAGUAAUCAGAAUGCAAGAUAAAAAUCCAUACAGCUUUCAGUCAGAUGUAUAUGCAUUUGGGAUUGUUCUGUAUGAAUUGAUGACUGGACAGUUACCUUAUUCAAACAUCAACAACAGGGACCAGAUAAUUUUCAUGGUGGGACGAGGAUACCUAUCCCCAGAUCUCAGUAAGGUACGGAGUAACUGUCCAAAAGCCAUGAAGAGAUUAAUGGCAGAGUGCCUCAAAAAGAAAAGAGAUGAAAGACCACUGUUUCCCCAAAUUCUCGCCUCUAUUGAGCUGCUGGCCCGCUCAUUGCCAAAAAUUCACCGCAGUGCAUCAGAACCCUCCUUGAAUCGGGCUGGUUUCCAAACGGAGGAUUUUAGUCUCUAUGCUUGUGCUUCUCCAAAAACACCCAUCCAGGCAGGGGGAUAUGGAGAAUUUGCAGCCUUCAAGUAGUCACACCAUCAUGGCAGCAUCUACUCUUUAUUUAAGUCUUGUGUUCGUACAGUUUGUUAACAUCAAAACACAAUUCUGUUCCUCAAACCUUUUUUUUUAAGAUAUAAAAUUUUCAAUGCAUAAGCUGGUAUGGAACAGAAUGGAGUCUCCUUUCCAACAAAAGAGGGAAGAAUGUUUUAGGAACCGAAUUCUCUGCUGCCAGUGUUUCUUCUUCACCACAAAUACCACGUGCACACGUCUGCCCACUCCCAGGAAGAAAGAGGAGAGACCCUGAAUUCUGACCUUUUGAUGGUCAGGCAUGAUGGAAAGAAACUGCUGCUACAGCUUGGGAGAUUUGCUAUGGAAGGUCUGCCAGUCAACUUUGCCCUUCUAACCACCAGAUCAGUUUGUGGCUGAUCAUCUGAUGGGGCAGUUUCAAUCACCAAGCAUCGUUCUCUUUCCUGUUCUGGGAUUUUGUUGUGGAGCUCUUUCCCCUGGCUACCAUCAGUUAAUUUCUGAGGAAUGGAACCAAAAUGCAGCAUCCCCUUCCUGUGUGGUAUAUGUUCAGUCCUUGACAAAUUCUAUCACAGUGAAGCUCUAUUUAUUUGAUUGGAGGUUGAGCGGUAAGGAGGAGUCUGGGAGCAGAGGAAAAGGGAAUGCUGCAUCUUCUUCCGGACCUCCCAGGUCUCUAGCCUCUGGUUGCCUUGCUCCCUGGGGCUCUGCCUAACCAUGCAGGCUGGACAGUGCUGGCACAUACCGCCUUCUUUUCUCAUUGGGUCCAGCAAUGAAGAUGAGAGUUGGGGACUUGUUUCCUCCACAAUGUAGCAAAUUCUCAGGAAAAUACAGUCUAUAUCUUCCUCUAAGCUCUUCCAGUCACUAAGUACUUAUGUGGCUACUUUGUCCAGGGCCAAAAUGCCAUGGACAGUAUCUGAUUAAAAGCCUGCAAAACUGCUUAAUAACAGUUUUGAAUGUGAGAAAUUUAUGUAAUUAAAUGUAAGGUACAGGUUUUAAUUUCUGAGUUUCUUCUAUUAUAUUUUUAUUAAAAAGAAAAUAAUUUUCAGCUGUAAUUGAAUUGGAGUGAAAUUAUAGUUCCCACCAGAAUUAUAUAGCCUGAAAACUGUAUUUUUGUUACAUAAACAACUUUUAAAGAAAGAUCAUUAUCCUUUUCUCUACCUAAAUAUGGGGAGUCUUAGCAUAAUGACAAAUAUUUAUAAUUUUUAAAUUAAUGGUACUUGCUGGAUCCACACUAACAUCUUUGCUAAUAAUCUCAUUGUUUCUUCCAAUUGAUUCCAACACUACAUCCUACAUCCACUUUCUAGUCUUUUACCUAGAAUAUGCAACCUGAAAUAAAAAUGGUGGUAUCUCUAUUCAUUCUCCUCCUUCCUUUUUUCCCAAGCCUGGUCUUCAAAAGGUUGGAUAAUUUUGCAGCUGAGUUCCCCAAGCAGAGAAUAGGAAAAUCUUAGGGAUGUCAAGACUGAGGUAGGGUGUGUGAAGCCUACCAUCAGUUGUUUUUAUAGAAAGAGCUGCUGAGGUAUUGAGAACCUAAAUCUGUCUUGUCUUUUCACAAAUGGAAAAUAUAACCUAGUCAUAGCUUCCCUUGACCUUUAUUAAAGGGCAGAUUAUAAAUCACCAAAGUAGCAAAGAAAGUGACCAGAUGUAUUAAUAGAAAUAAUCUCCUUAGAAUCACUUAUCAGGAUUGAGGAAUCCAAAUUAAAUGAGAUGUACUUAGCCCAGAUGAGUCAUAGCCAAGGACCUGAAGGAAAUUCAACAGGACUUACAUCAGGGAACCAGAAGUUAGUUAAAUUUUUCAGAUUAUAAUUCCUCUCCCACUAUACUACAUUUCAUUAGAUGAAUUUUACUAAAAUAUCUUAAUCAGAAGAAGGCCUAUUGAAAAUGUCAUGGAUUUAACAAAGGUUGUUCCAGUAAAAUGAAAUAUAUCCUAAGUUAUUAACAGUUUUAACGAUGUGUUUUUACUGGUUGUUUUUAUUUUUAUUUUAUUUUUUUUAUUUUUAUUGGUUUUGGGGUUUUUUUGUUUGUUUGUUUUGUUUUGUUUUGCAGUGCUGGGGAUGGAACCCAAGCAAAUGCUCUACCACUGAGCCACAUCCCCAGUCAGUGAAAUGUUUUUAAGUCUUACAUGAGCAGAGAAAAUUUAGAAAUCAAAAGGUGUCUUCUGUGCAUAUGAUGCUGCCUCUUUCUGAAAAGCAUUGUUUAUUUGUCCUUUUUAAAUAUAUCUCUAUAGAUGGUUGUAAAUAUGGCUGUAUUCCCUUUACAAAGAUUGGCUCAGAGCUUAGAUCCUCUCUGGAGAGAGCAGGGCUUGAAUCAUAGAUAUGUAUGUGGGUCCUGCUGAGGAGCAGAGCCUGCUCUGUGUGCUGGGCCUGCAAGCCGGGCCACCUCAGCAUCUGGGACAACUCCAGCAUACUUAGGGAGGAAGCUUAGCAUUCCAGUUUUCUGAAUGAAAUACAGGGUAAUACUUUUUAUCCUCCUUUCAUUUUAAAGUAGAUUGCUGUUUCAUCUGAAAAGCUGAUAAAUGAAGCUGUGCCCAGAAGUCAGGCUCAGGGUUUUGAGAGAUUUUUUUAUAGAGAACUUUAGAAAUAAAUAAAAUGUUUAAACCUUCCUUUUCUUUAUUCCCAUCAAAUCAUAGUUUUUCACUUUAGUUUACAAAUGGCGAAAAAAGGAGUUUCUUUUGGGGUUUUUUGUUUAAUUUUUUAUGCUUACACUGCAGAAAGACUUGUUGAGCGCCUAAGAAAACAGAAGGAAGAAACCCUUGUUUGUGCAAAGCACUUUAUGAGUAAUUUGUGGAGACAGUGUGUGGCUGCUUCACCCAUCAUCUUAUAAGGCUAUAGCUGUCAGUCUUGUCCAUAAAGUGGUUGCAGUGCCUUCUGCGGGUGUUUCAUUUUUGGUUGAAAGAAUGAAGCCUUCUAAAAAAUUUGAAAGCAACUAUAAAAGAUUGUUUUUAAAUAAUAUAAUAUUUCUUAUGUUUUUUUUUUCUUUAUUAUUAAACUAGGGUCUAGGACCCUGAAAAUUGCCACUGAAAUACUAUUGACCCUCCCCCCAAAAAAAUAUGUUUUAUAGAAGGGGUUUGUGAAUAAAAAAAUCCAAUGUGAUCAUUUGUACUUACAUGCACUUUAAAAGACUUUGUCAAGCUAUCAAAUUCUGGUUCCUGAACAUCCCAUCCCUGAUUGUAUUUGAGGUUUAGUAGGUCAUACUGAGGCAUCCUAGAAGCUGAAAUUUCAUAUAAGUUAUGUUUAUGUUGGUAUUAGAGAGGAAGAACAUUAAAAAGAAAUAAUUCCAGCCUUCAGCACUGUCAGCCCAAGACUUUGUAAACACCCUCAUUCUUGUGUGGUGUGUCACAGCUCUUGUAUCACAGCGCGCUAUCUUGUAUCCAUCAGACACCGCUGGAGCUGCUGCACACCCCUCCUCAGACCCACCUGUCCCCACCCGCAUACCCACCUCGCCAGGCUUUUGCAAAUCUCUUCUAGCUGUAGUUUGAAACACAUUGCAGGGUUCAGGUGACCUCUUCAAAAAAACUACCUCCUCAGGAUGAGGAAAUGAAUAGUUAUUUAUCUUAAAAUAUGAAAAGUCAGGAGCUUUAGAACAUGAAGAUGAUUUAAGAUUUUAACUUUUAUGUGUACUUCUAUUUGAGCACUCUCAUUUUGUCCUAAAGGGCAUUAUACAUUUAAGCAGUGAUACUGUAAAAAAAAAAAAAAAAUUGUAGUUUGAGUAUCUGAAUGUUGUUGGAAGUGGUGCCAGAAUCUGUUUAGGGGUACGUUUCAGAAUCUUAACCUGAAGUCAGUUGCAUGGAGUUAAAUAGUUAGGGUAUCGCUUCACUACCAGUGAUAUGAUGUUAGUUUUCAGUAGGCUCAGCAAGGUAGCACAUCUUCAUAAUGAGUUAGCCACAGCUUUGUCAUUUGCACAGAUACUCAUGAGAGACUGCCCAGCCAAGAGGGUAGAGUGACUGCCCUUUAUGCAAGAUUCUCCUUUUUGUCCCAGUUGGAGUUUUUAAUGCUAGAAUAUCAGAUGUCAACUGUUAGGCCAUAAACCACAGCCAGGACGGAAGGUUUACUGUGAGUAGGAAUAGCAAGUAGCUUACAGGUCAUACAGGAAAUGGUGUAGGUGAGGCUCUAGAAAAAUACCUUGACAAUUUGCCAAAUGAUCUUACUGUGCCUUCAUGAUGCAAUAAAAAAAAAAAGCUAAAAUUUUAGCAGAAAUCAGUGAUUUAUGAAGAGAGCAGCCACUCUGGUUUAACUCAGCUGUGUUAAUAUUUUUUAGAGUGCAAUUUAGACUGCAAAGAUAAAUGCACUAAAGAGUUUAUAGCCAAAAUCACAUUUAAAAAAUGAGAAAACACAAGUAAAUUUUCAGUGAACAAAAUUAUUUUUUUAAAGCACAUAAUCCCUAGUAUAGUCAGAUAUAUUUAUCACAUAGAGCAACUAGGUUGAAAAUACAAUUCAGUGACAUUUCUAGAGAAACUUUUUUCUACUCCCAUCAGUUCUUCAAAGCAUGGAACUUUUAUACAAUAGAAAUGUUUGACAGACAUUUUAAGAAACUGCUGUAGUUUAGUGUUGAAGUACUGUAAUGCUGGGCAGCAAUCAUGUAUUAACCUAAUGAGAAAGGAGAAAUUAAAAUAGAGUAAAGAAUUUGAUUUAAUUAGUUUCCAGAGUACUGCUGCCAACUUAGACACUGAAUUUUCAGAGUUUGAAAUGUAACUCACCUCCCAGACUUGUCUGCAAAAUGAAGCUGAACUGUGCUACUAAUCCUGCUGUAGUGCAUGGUGGGGAGCCAAGGAGGGCCAUCUCUGGAGACCUCCUUUGUGAGGGGCCAUUGGAAUUGUGAAUGACCUAGCAGGUAUGUGUAAAACUGGACGUACUUCAUGGUGUGGUUCUUGUAUCUUGUUUCAUUCCUCACCACCCCCAAGAAAGCCAAUGUAUUGUCCCCAGUACAUCCUUUAGCUGUUUGGCUGAAAUACUGAAAUGAAUUACUAAUGCCCAAGGAGGGCAGUAGCACCUCUGCCUGCAGAGGCAAUGAUUUGUAACUGACCAGAGGAGAGUAAGGUGACCAGUGCAUUUGUGGUACAUGUUUCUAGCUCUGGUAAAGUUAAAUACUGGUAAGAUGUUUGUUAUAUCAGUACACUUGACCAUAAGCUUUUUUUUAAGUAACUUAAUUUCACUUUUGUUUAGACAUUUAAAUUAAAAUUCAGUCCUAAUUGUUGUUCAUUGUGAGAAGGAUAUUUAACAGUUCCUAUUGGGUAUUUUUGAAGUAGAAAAGGACAGCAUCUGAAGUCCUAAAAUCUUAAGGUAACAGGUAAAAAAAAAAAAAAUACAUGAGGACACUUAGUCACCACCUCAACAAAGUAAUCAAAGUAGAUCCUUUAUUUCAGCACCCACAAUUUCAACUAAUUUAGUUUCAUUAAUUACUAAAUCACUUUCAAAAAACAUUUAUUUAGCCGUUUUGACUAAUUGUAAUGAUAUAACCAGUUGUGCAUGAGGACGCAGCCAGUGUAUCAUUUUUUGUGGUGCAUUUUUUGGUAAGGAAUUCUAUAGAUUGAAGUACUCUUUGAAAACAGAACUAAAAUAUAUUUAUUCAUGUUAGUAUCAAAAAAUUUUUUGUGCAAACCAUUUCCUUCUCCUGGCAGGCUGAGUACAUGAUCCAGCACCCACAACCACUGGUUCCCAUUGAUACUGUAGAUGCAGGGGAGUCGGGCAAGAAACGCAUGAAGAGGUGCAUAAGGAAAGGGUCUUGACAGGCUGGAAUGGGGUUAUGAGUUGAGGGGCUUUGUCAUGUUUUGCUUUGAAAAUCGCUCUCUUGCAUUUGUGUUAAGCUUUUGAUCCCGUGUGUCUUGGUGGGAUGUGAGUUACAUAAGAAACUGCAGAGUGUAGCCUAAGCAACAGGGUUACCAGACUAGGCACAGAUGGAGAGAAAAGGGACCAAAAUGGGGUGGGGUGGCAGUUCAGUCUGGGGAAUAGGGAAAAAUAAUGUGAGGGUAAGAAAUAAACUAUAAUUGCCAGAAAUAAAAUGUAAGAGUGCAAUAAAUGUGCUUUUUAUUCUAAGCUGUGAACGGUUUUUUAAAAAAAUCAUUCCUAAUACAUUCACAUAUGUUCCAUAGCUGAUUAAAACCAGCUAUGUAAACAUAUAAUGCCUUUUUAUUCAUGUUAAUUAUCAACAUAAGUGGCUAACCUUUAUGUCUUAUUUAUCUUCAUCUUAUAUUAGUUUACAUGCCAGGGUGUGUGUGUGUGUGUUUCUGUGUGUGUCCUGUGCACGCAUGUGUGCACUGUACCCUUUUCCUUUCUUCAUUUGAAAAUGAAUUCAUUGGGUCCUGUUUCCUUUGGCCGUACCAUAUGGUAUAGCCUUGUUUGGCCUUCUUGAUGUUGCCUGAUUUGAAAGACUUAUCACAGUGAUAUUUGUGGUAACCCCAUUUGUUGGGUAUACAUCUGAUCCUUUGCUCAUUCAGCAGUUGCUGCUUCUCUUAAGAUGGGAUCAUACAGCUGAUCAGGGGAUUGAUUUGUCCAUUCAUCAUGCAUUUUCUUUGGUAUUUGUGAUUACUCUUUGGUUUAGACUAAGGAAAAGGAAAUCCCCCCCUUUUCAUGUACUUCUUGGUUUGAGGACAAGUCUCCUGUAAGGGAGAAGAAAGGGAAAUGCUUUGUGUUUAAACUGCAGUGAAUUAACGACUCCUGUUUCACCACCCCAAACCUUAUGGCGGCUCACACAUUCCUUUCUGUAAUUGCCAGAGGUUUGGGUUUAGUUCACUUCAGUUCUGCUUAAGCAUUAUAAAAAGGCUCUCAUGGAGUCUAGGGUGGCCCAGUAGAAAGGUGGGGACUUUUUCAUUGUCCUCAGACUUCUCUAUACCUGCUUUGCAAAAAUUACAAUGGAGUAACUAUUUUUAAAGCUUAUUUUUCAAUUCAUAAGAAAGACAUUUAUUUUCAGUCAAAUGGAUGAUGUUUCCCUCUUAUCCUUAACCCUCAAUGUUUGCUUGAACUUUUUUUUUUUUUUUAAUUCUCCUCCAUACCCACUUCCUGAUACUUUGGUUCUCUUACCUGCUCAGGUCCCUUCAUUUGUACUUUGGAGUUUUUCUCAUGUAAAUUUGUAUAAUGGAACAUAUUGUUCAGUUUGGAUAGAAAGCAUGGAGAAUUUUUAAAAAGAUAGCUGAAAAUCAGAUUGAAGAAAUUUAUUUCUGUGUAAAGUUAUUUAAAAAACUCUGUAUUAUAUAAAAGGCAAAAAAAGUUCUAUGUAUUUGAUGUGAAUAUGCGAAUACUGCUAUAAUAAAGAUUGACUGCAUGGAGAA